GAUCCCUAAUACCGACACACAAUGGUAUUGGUAAGGUCAAUAUGGGCCGCGCUGGCUGUGGCGGCGGCUUCGUCUGGGCUCGCAUCGACAAGUGCCUCGCCACCAGUCGUUGCGUGGCUACGAACGGACUGGCAAGCGCCUUCAUUACUACUUGACACACUUGAUUUCGUUCACCAAGAGGGAGGCCCGGUCGUGUUUGUGUACCUGUCGUCACUCAUCUCUUCGGGCAAGUUAUCGGAAAUCUCCCAUGCCUCAGAUCACCAAAGCUAUAAAGUCAUCUUGGAGAGCUUGGAUACGGUUGUCCCUGCACAGCGCACGGCGGAAGAUGUCUCGACGCCUGCCAGUGCCUUCGUUUCCCUCUUGAAGCUUGCAUUAGCGACGCGGAGUCACGCUCCCGGCAUACAGGCGCAAUAUCGGCUUUAUUCUGACGAGGUCCUCCUGGGCCACAGGAACAGCUCUGAGAAGACUUUUGAUGAGAGUUGCGAGUCAUGGAUGGAUUGGUAUGGGGCGCAAAUCUGUACGCCGGAAGGACUGCAGGAGCGGAUGCAGGCUGGAAGUUCAAGCAGGCGCAGCCCAGAACCGAUCGUAUACCCUUUCGACAAGGUCUUGCGUCUUACUGAAGAUGCGAAUAUUCCGACCAUCAUCUUGUACGCGGACGUAUUCUCGUCCACUUUCGAAGCACUGCACAAAGUCUUGCACGAGAUGGCAUCGAAACAGCAAAUCGUGUACGUUUUGAGGUAUAAGCCGCGGCUUCUGACGUCUGAAAAGCCUUUGAUGGUGGCCGGGUACGGCGUCGAGCUCGCGCUGAAAAGUACAGAGUACAAGGUCCUGGACGACCGUGAUGUCAAGCAAGAGAAAGGCUCGUCUGAAGAGGUAACGGGUAGCAAAACCCGCCCAGAUGAUGACGAUAUCUUGCGAGAGAUCCCUCCCCGUACGGUUCCCUUGCAUGCGAAUGAGACAAGAGCCCUGGGCUUCCAGACCACGCAGUUCAUUCUUGGGUCGUCCAAUCCGCUGAAAAGCCUGGUCGACAUCUCGCAGAACUUCCCCAAGUUUGCGCACCUGUUGAAGGACACGAAACUGGAUGAUGCAGUGGUCGCGGAGCUACGUCAAAACAUGCCGAAACUCGCGGGAAUCAAGAAUCGCAUGUGGAUCAACGGGCUGGAGAAGGACUUGGUUCACGUCGAUAUCUUCAGUGUGCAGCGAACCUUACGCGCAGAAUUGGCCCUGAUAUCAUCCCUCGCGUCGCUCAAUAUUUCCUCCGGUCAGGCGUUGGAGCUCUUGACCACGCCUUUGACCGAAAAGGCCGAGACGGAAAUCACCUGGGGAGAUGCUUUCGACGUUCGAUCCGAUGCCGUAAUAUGGUGGAAUGAUCUCGAAAAGGAUAGUCGCUACAACCGCUGGCCGAAAUCGAUAAGCGAGAUACUGAGACCGUCGUACCCUUCGCAACUCAAAUUCAUUCGCAAAAACCUCGUGCAAGUUCUGUUCCGACUGGAUCUCAGCAAUCCAUCUCAUCUCGGUUUGAUGGUCCAAGCACUUCAAAUGAUUCCUCGUGAUAUUCCUCUGCGUCUUGGCAUAGCGCCCAUUGUGGAUGCUGAGAGUGAAACUUCGCCAGCUUCAGUCGCCGCUACUACUUUCUACCUUCUGAAGAGGACUACGUCGUUGAAGGCUAGCAAGGCCUUCAUCGAGCAGCUGUAUCUCGUCGGAUCUUCGUCAGGAACCAUCACAAUAAAGAACAUUGCGGACGCGUACUUCCAAAUCGCUGAAAAGAAACUGCAGCCGGAACUCUCAAAAUGGAUGGAUGAAGGGGCGGAAGGGGGAGGAUUGUUUGCUAAGCUCCAGCAGCUAGACCGCAAAACGGGAGUGUCAUUGGAACAGGGAGCGAUUUUUGCCAACGGAAAAUACAUUGACGUCGAUGAUACAUGGCAGCAAACCCUGGUAUCUACUUACAUGCAAAUGGUGGAAUACCUUUCCGUCCAGGUGUACGAAAGCAAAAUAACAGACACCACGGAUCUGUACGAAUACUUCAUGACGCUUCCAAAUGUGCACGCGAAACGCAGUCAGCUCGUCUUCGGCGCACCGCGGAUCGUCGAUCUGUUGCGAUGCGACGGUUGCGGCGUGCUGGAGAAGCUUGCAUGGUUGUCAUCAGGCCUUGAUAACAUCUCUAUGAUCUCGUUGAUUGUGAUGGCCGAUUUUACCACGGAGGCAGGACAACGUCUGGCUCGCGACGCGUACAUUUACAUGGACACUCAUUCGGACGUUCGCUUAUCGUUGCUGCACAAUGGAGCUCCGUAUCCCACUUCUGGCGCGUUCGUUGCCCAAGACCUGUCGCCCGUUCAAAGAAAGGAACUGGAGAGCAUCUUGCAUAAGCAUCAAGCGCUCACCUCGGCAAUGAAGAUCUUUGCGAAGAAGAUUGGCAUUGAUUUGGGAGAAUCCGGGAUUGUCGUUAACGGAAGGAUCGUGGGCCCUAUUGCAUCCACAAUAACUUUUGACGAAGAGGAUUUCCACCUUCUCGUCACCGCGGAACGAACGCACAGAAUAGAAGCCGUGGCCAAGAAGCUCACCAGUUUGUGGGCAACUGAUGUGGACUCAGAAGCUACAGCAGCAAGAAAGGCGGAUGGCAUUAUGAAGGUCACGUCUGCUUUGGGCGCGUUGAGUGUCCAGAGCAAUGAGGCCAGUAUAGAACAAGUACCAGCCCCUCGACUUACUCUGGACGCUUUCGCGGCAGUGGCGACCGAGAAGAGUGCCAUCAUUACUGGCGAUGUCAACACGGCGACGAUCCGUAUCUUCGCCGUGGUAGACCCGCUAAGCGAGGCAGCCCAAAAGACAUCUGCAAUUCUCCGCGUUCUGAGCACCCUGGAAGGCGUCUCCGUCACCAUCGUGUUCAACCCGGAGACCAAGGCCACUGAGAAGUUGCCCAUCACGAGAUUCUACCGCUAUGUGCUUUCUGCAGAGCCUGCCUUCAAUGGCGAGGGUGAACUUGUAGCGCCUACGGCCGAGUUCCAUGGUCUACCAACGGAGCCUCUCUAUACAUUGGGAAUGGACGUGCCGAACGCAUGGCUUGUUUUUCCGACCCGGUCUGAGCAGGAUUUGGAUAACAUCCGCUUGAAUAAAGUACAUGGGCCCGCUGGUGUUGAGGCUGAGUUCACCCUCGAGAACAUUUUGGUGGAAGGUCACGCCCGCGAAUUGCCUACAAACGGACCACCGCGAGGUUUACAGUUCCUUCUGGGCACGCCGCAGAAUCCUGCGCUCCUGGACACGAUUACCAUGGCAAACCUCGGAUACCUGCAACUCAAAGCCAAUCCGGGCAUCUGGGAACUCCGCCUCCGUGACGGCCGGUCAAAGGACAUAUACGAGAUCAGUUCGGUGUCGACGAGCUUCCAGGACAAGCUGCCUUCCGGACAAGAUCUUGAUACUGUCAAGGUCGUUGUCAACAGCUUUGAGGGCGUUACCAUCUUCCCUGUUGUGAGGAAAAAGGCUGGGAAAGAAAACGAAGAUGUUUUAGCUGUUGCGACCGUUGAGAAAAAGGAAGAAGCUCACGGUGCGGCGAAACUGUGGGGCAAAUUCAAGAGCACCAUCUUCGGGAACGGUGCUCCGAGCAACACGACCAUCAACAUCUUUUCUGUGGCAUCUGGACAUUUGUACGAACGCUUCCUCUCCAUCAUGAUGCUCAGCGUUGUCAAACAAACCAAGAAUCCUGUGAAGUUUUGGUUCAUUCGGAAUUUCUUAUCGCCAUCCUUUAAGGCUUUCAUACCUCAUCUCGCGGAGGCCUACGGGUUCGAGUACGAGCUUGUGACAUACAAAUGGCCGCAUUGGCUUCGUCAGCAAACGGAGAAACAAAGAACCAUUUGGGGGUACAAGAUCUUAUUCCUGGAUGUCCUCUUCCCGCUCGAUCUCGAAAAGGUCAUAUUCGUCGAUGCCGACCAGGUUGUUCGUACCGACUUGAUCGAACUUGUGGAGAUGGAUCUAGAGGGUGCCGUGUACGGUUACACACCUUUCUGCGAUGACCGAAAGGAGAUGGACGGCUUCAGGUUCUGGAAGAAUGGCUACUGGAAAGACCACCUGGCUGGAAAGCCGUACCAUAUCAGUGCGUUGUAUGUAGUGGACCUGAACCGCUUCCGCGAACUGGCUGCUGGUGAUCGUCUCCGUCAGCAAUAUCAGAUGCUGAGCGCGGACGCUGGGUCGCUCGCCAAUCUGGAUCAGGAUCUUCCGAACAAUAUGAACACCCGCAGCCAGAUCCCCAUUUUCUCUCUGCCGCAGGACUGGCUUUGGUGCGAGACGUGGUGCAGCGAUGCAUCUCUAAAAACUGCGAAAACUAUUGAUCUUUGCAACAAUCCUCUAACCAAAGAACCGAAGCUGGAGCGCGCACGACGCAUCUUGCCAGAGUGGGACGGUUUGGACAAGGAAGUGGCUGCUGUUGCAAAGAAGGCGGAAGGCAGGACCGCGGGCCCAUCGGCGACAUUGACCGCACUGCCAGCACGGACUUUCGAGGUCAAAUCCGCUGUGAAGGAUGAGCUGUAGUGAUGGCUGUAGAUAUCGCAUAGUCAUACAGUUAGCAUAUACAGGAUACGAAGGUCCCUGGAGAGUUUAUUUGCGAGCAACGCG